CUACAGUUUACUUUUAGUUAAGGCGGUGGUUUCCAAAUUUAAAUGUUUUGGGAUCCCACGAAAAGACGAUUCUCUCCCCCAAAAAAUCUGGUUACGAAUAAUGUUUUCUUUCCAUAGCCCACUUUCAGAAAUACUUAUAAAAUAAUUUGAAUUUAUCAUCUCAGAAAAACAAAAAAAUCUAAUGACGAAAUCGAAGGAAAUCGAGAUGGAAUUCGAGAUGACCGAGCCGGAGAUGGACGCCGCCCUCCAGCUGAUCCAACUCAGCGGCGACUCCGGCGCCAGGACGGCGGAGCAAAGCCCCGAGCAAAGCGUCGGCGAUUCAAACGAAAUAUCGUCGUGGUAUGCGAAAGUCGGAGAUCUCGACGCUCUCCCGCGGAAGAGAAAGCGGUUUCGAUUGAUCGAUGAGAUAUACAGUAUUACCAGCCCAGCUGUCUGUGUCAGCCGCAAGCGCGGUGGAUUAACCAAAAAAACUGCAGAAUUAAAUUAUAAUCCGGUUAGUAAUCUGGCGAAUCAACUCAUGGUUCGUGUAGAUUAUCUCAAGCGAGAUGUGAUCAAAUUUUUGGUGAAGUUGAGGAUUUGUAAGGAUAAAACGAAAGUUGAGAACAUUCCAUGAGAGUUAUGUCCGUAGACUGUAAGAAUGGUUAAAAGCAUGAGUUUAGUAUGUAUGAGUAUACGUACAAAUUGUAUGGGUACUUCUGUUUUGGAAGGCUGAAUUUGUUGCUUCA